AUGUCACUCGUUUUCUUUAAUCUUCUCCUUAUUUUAUCCCUUGCCACAUUCGGGGUUGGGGGUAAAGAGCCUAAGCCACAGCGGAUCAAGGGCUCAGAAUAUUUUCUAUCCAUCACUGGAGGCCUUAUUCAACCUACAUACAACAUAUACACCAACGGAUACCAAGAAGGCUACGUUGCGAUAACAGAAUUCAAAUUCCGCAGAACUAUUACUGGAAAACCUAUUCUGGACAUAGCAGCCUGGAACGACGAAGACAAACGGGUUGCCGGACGCCAAUCACUAUCAUCAUUAGUCAAGGCUGUGACGGUUGAAAAUACCAAGGUUAAACUCGACGAGGUACCUUACGUCAUUUUCCGAAAGUACGAGAUGAUAGAGAUGGCAGACCUCUACUCCAGGAAUGAGCUUGGGGGGAAAUUGAAGUCGUUCACCGUUACUCCCAAGGAUGAUUAUUGGUGGAUGAGAUACGGCAAAACAUGGAGCUUCAAGGCUACAUCAGAAACAUUCAGACCUAGGGGAAUUAGGGAAGUGCAAGUUAGGCUUCGAAAAGGGAGGUAUGAAACGUGGUUCAUGCUAAACAAGGCUUGA